AUGUCUUCCCAUAUUUUCUCAGAGUCCCGGCUGAUGGAAGGCGUUUCGGUUGAUGUGGUCUGCCAAAAGGGUUAUUUUCCAUGUGGAAAUCAUACAACGUGCCUCCCACGGGCAUUUCACUGUGAUGGCAUAAAUGACUGUGAGAAUGGUGCAGAUGAGGAGAACUGUGGAGAUAACAGUGGAUGGGCAAGUAUCUUUGAUAUGGUUCGUGGAAAGCCUAAUUAUCUGGACUUAUCAAAAGAAUGCUGUCUCCACCAAUACCCAGAAGGCUGCAGCUGCAUGGAAACAGAACUGGAAUGUGCUGCAGUUAAUCUGAAAUCUGUCCCAUUUGUUUCAAGUAAUGUAACCCUCCUGUCACUCGCACACAACCAGAUCCAUUCUCUUCCAGAUGAAGUUUUCAGCAACUAUACAGAGGUGAAGAAAAUAUUUCUACAAAACAAUUGCAUCCAGACAAUAUCGAGGAAAGCAUUCUUUGGACUAUACAAACUUCAGAAAUUGUAUCUCAGCCAUAACUGCAUCACCAGCUUGAAACCUGGGGUAUUCAGAGAUCUACACAAAUUGAAAUGGCUAAUUCUGGAUUAUAACCCAAUAGCGAAAAUUUCACAGCAGUUAUUUACUGGCCUAAAGUCUUUGUUUUUCCUAUCAAUGAUAAACAAUUCACUUGAGACUCUUCCUAAGAAGAUCUGUAGUCAAAUGCCUCUUAUUAACUGGAUGGAUUUCAAAGGCAAUCGUAUUAAGACCUUAACUAAUACCACCUUCCUAGAAUGUGAUGCGCUCACGGUAUUGGUUCUUCAUGGAAAUCAACUUCACUUUGUGCCGGCAAACACCUUUUCCUCACUGAAAGAUUUGGGGGAAUUGGAUCUGUCCAGCAACAGGAUUACAGAAUUGCCACGUUAUAUUUUCAAAGACCUGAAGUAUUUACAAAAGCUGAAUCUGUCUUUCAAUCCACUUUCUCACCUCUCGGAGGAUCACUUUGAAAGUCUUCAGCAGCUUCAGUCAUUAGACCUGGAAAUGAUUGAGAUUCCAAAUGUAAAUGCAAGAAUGUUCCAGCAUAUGAAGAACCUCUCCCACAUCUACUUUAAAAAGUUUCACUACUGCUCCUAUGCACUCCAUGUGCGAAUAUGCACGCCGCUAACAGAUGGGAUUUCAUCCUUUGAAGAUCUCUUAGCUAACAAUGUUCUGCGAGUAUUUGUGUGGGUCAUAGCUUGUGUUACAUGCUUUGGAAAUCUUCUUGUUAUUGGAAUGAGAUCAUUUAUCAAAGCAGAAAAUGAGACACAUGCCAUGUCCAUCAAAAUUUUGUGUUGUGCUGAUUGUCUAAUGGGGGUGUAUUUGUUCUUCAUUGGAGUUUUUGAUGUUAAAUACCGUGGACAGUAUAAAAAAUAUGCUGUGCUGUGGAUGGAAAGUUUACCAUGUCAUAUCAUGGGGUUCAUCGCCAUGCUAUCUACAGAGGUCUCAGUCCUAUUAUUGACAUAUCUGUCCUUGGAAAAGUAUUUAGUGAUUGUCUUUCCCUUCAGUAAUAUCCGCCCUGGAAAGCAGAAGACAGUAGUGAUUCUUAUAUCCAUAUGGAUUGCUGGAUUUGUCAUAGCAAUAAUCCCAUUUUGGGAUGAGGACUUUUUUGGAAAUUAUUAUGGGAAAAAUGGAGUUUGUUUCCCACUGAAUUCUGAUCGAAUGGAAGAAAUUGGAGGCAACAGAUAUUCUCUUAGUAUUUUUCUUGGUGUGAACCUGCUUGCCUUCAUCAUCAUAGUAUUUUCCUAUGUCAGCAUGUUUUAUUCCAUUAAAAAAACUGCCCUUCAGACAUCAGAGAUGAGGAGUCACAUUCACAGAGAUGUCGCCAUCGCCAUUCGAUUUUUCUUUAUUGUAUUCACUGAUGCCAUCUGCUGGAUUCCUGUCUUUGUCAUUAAAAUCCUCUCCUUAUUCCAGGUGGAAAUUCUAGACACUGUCACUUCCUGGAUAGUGAUAUUUGUUCUGCCAAUAAACAGUGCCCUGAACCCCAUUCUCUAUACUCUCACAACUAGUUUCUUUAAGGAGAAGCUAAAGCAGUCGCUGUGCAGUCGUCGAAGGAGGGCAAUUUUCAGAAGCAAUGAAAAAGCCUUGGCCACUUCAGUCACAUGGACAGAUGAUUCCCUCGCCCAUAGCUCUUCAUUUAAGCUUGGACUUUUACAAAAAUAA